UCUCACUGUUUAAAAACUUUGGUCCUGUGUUAACACUGAAUUUGAUGGAAAAGCAACUAUCCUAUGAUAUGAUUGUCAACAUGCAUGACUCUUAGCAGGCCAUGACCAGUUUAUACAUUUAUAGAACUUUUUUCAACAACCUGACAUCAGCGAUGUUCAUGCUUUGAUGAGCAGUUUCUUGCAGUAUUCUGAUAACAUCUUUCAUCUUCAUGCUUUUUUCUUAGAAUGUUACUUCUUGAGCUUGCCUGGUCGAUAUCUUGAACUUUUAAGUGCAUGCGUACGUCUUCCAGGAUUGUGGGAACAGCCACUUCAAUUACCCUGUCCGGAGUAUUAGCCAAUCUUGAGCAAAGACAUGGAGGUUUAGGCCAUCCUUGAACUUGUCAUCGGCUGGUCUCGAUCCAGUGAAGAUUUUCUACGAGUAAGUAUGAAGGAUAAAGCAGCCUAACCAAUUCAAAGAGCUCAAGAUUUAAUCAAGUUUAUCAAAUUAGCUUAUCCAUUGAAUCUUGAGCUCUUUGAAGUGGAUAGGCUGCUUUAUCUUUCAUAGUAGGAUGCCAUGGCUGAACUUGUCUCCAUUAUUACUUGCGAUCUGAUUAGCUAGCAUUAUGGAUAAGCAACUAGCAGUAUUCAAGCUUAAGACAAAUUUGAAAGUCAGGUGCUGCCAUGAUUGUUUUCCGAGCCUGUGAAUUGAACAGAUGUGUAAAUGAAAAUUCUGGAAUUUAACUAGAAAGCAUAUCGUUUCCAUUGAUUGCCAUUGAACUUGCAUUUUUCUAAGUCUCUCUUCUGGAACUGCCCCUUCAAGGUUCUUGAAAGGAGAGGUUAACCUUUUCAGAAAGGAAAAGAAACCAAGAAAAUUUGGAGUAUUUUCGGAGAGAUGAAGCUAGAGGUCCCCUGGAAGCAAUUACAACUCAUAAUUAGGUCCAAACUCACGCAGAUUUCCAGCGCUAAGGAUUUGGUCUGACAUUUUUCUCUCUGAUAGAUUCUACCACUAACAUGGCACUGGUAUUAUUGAGCGAGGUAAAGCCCAUCUUAAUUCAGGUUUGGCCCUUUGGAUAGCUUGCUCAAACUAUCCACACCCUUUUGGAAAAACAUUAACCUCAUGUUGUUGGCUGAAAAGAUCCAUUCAGAAAGCCCGUUUUGGAACAGGCUGGACUGUAGCUGGCAGAAAGGUUAGUGAACAGGUGUCUACAUAAAGAAAUGCCCAUCUGCAACCAAUCAUUCGAGGCCCAGAAGUGUGUAACAAUCCACAUGUUUCAACUCCAAGUUUUAAGAAAAAGAACCCCACAUCUUCACAAUUUUUUACAGCGGGAAGAAUGAGAACACUGUAUGCUUCCUGUUUAUCUUCACUGAGUUUCUUGAAAUUUUCAAGUUGCAAGGCAACGAAACGUCUUUGUCGAUUUCAUUGUCUGGAAUUGAACUGAAACGUUAUAGCUGUCAUGCUUUUACUGGCUGUAAAUGUUCAGCCCACGUUACCAGAAAGAUAUGUUCAUCCAAUUUAUUGCGGUCCUACAAAAUUGUCUUGUUCUCAACUGAGAUGCCCUUUUCAUCGUUUCUCAACCGAAAUUUCACAUCCAUUACUAGGCCAAAUUAAUGUUGGCUUGCUUCUUUUCCUGGACUACUGUUGUCGUUUUUGCUCAUACCAGGACUCUUGUUUGCCCAAAAGCAUGAAUUCUAGAUGUUUUUCCUCAUAUUUCCUCAAGGUGAUUCUUAUUUCAUGGAUGAUUUCGAGUUUGGAAUCUGCUGUAGUCCCCAGUUCUACAAAUGCAACUGAGUCUGAUCGAUUGGCUUUGCUGGACUUCAAAAACCGUGUAACGCAAGAUCCAUUGAAGAUCAUGGACUCAUGGAACGAUUCCAUUCCUUGCUGCAACUGGAUUGGUGUCGCAUGCAGCCCAUCCAGCGGAAGAGUAGUAGUUUUAAACCUGGAGAAUCAUAAAGUAGUUGGCUCCAUUCCACCUUCCAUUGGAAACCUUACAUUCCUUACUGGAAUCAACCUGGGAGGAAAUGGAUUUCAUGGUGAAGUUCCUCAAGAAAUUGGACGUCUUUUGCGCCUACAGCAUCUCAAUUUGACACGCAAUUCUUUUGGCGGGAAAAUUCCUACCAAUCUAACUCACUGUACAGUACUUACAGUACUUGAUACUUCUUACAAUGAGUUCGUUGGGCAGAUUCCGGACCAGCUAAGCACAUUAUCAAAACUGGCAAUCCUUCGUCUUACAGGUAACAGCCUUACGGGAAGAAUCCCCGCUUGGAUUGGUAACCUUUCUUCUCUUCAUUCUCUUUUCCUGUCAAUGAACAAUUUACAAGGAAGCAUACCUCCUGAACUUGGCCAACUGUCAGGCUUGGGAUAUUUUCAACUUUAUGGAAAUUAUCUGUCUGGUAUUGUUCCUCCUUCAAUUUAUAAUGUUUCUUCCAUAUACUUCUUUUCUGUCACCCAAAACCAGUUGCAGGGACAUCUGCCACUAGAUGUUGGUCUCACCCUUCCUAACCUGGAAGUAUUUGCCGGUGGUGUUAACAAUUUUACAGGACCUAUCCCGGUAUCAUUGUCAAAUGCUUCUAGACUUCAAAUAAUUGACUUCGCUAAUAAUAGUCUAACUGGAACCAUGCCUGGAAAUCUGGGGAGCUUGCUAGGUUUAAUUAGACUGAAUUUUGAUGAUAACCAACUUGGAACCGGGGGAAUUGGCGACCUGAGCUUUCUCAAUUUCUUGUCUAAUUGUUCUUUUCUUGAAGUGUUGGGUCUUGCCGGAAAUCGUUUCGGAGGAGAAUUGCCAAGCUCCAUAGCUAACCUUUCAAACCUGUUGCAACGUUUAACCAUGGGGGAGAAUCUGAUUAGUGGAAGUAUCCCUAUUGGGAUUGGGAACCUUGUUAGUUUGUACAUUCUAGGAUUGGAAAGGAACUACUUCAGUGGCAGUGUUCCCACUGUUAUUGGGAAGCUUCAAAAACUAGAGGAAUUGGAUUUGGAAGGUAACAGAUUUUCAGGGUCAAUACCUUCUUCAUUGGGUAACUUGACUCUGUUGAAUGGGCUGUAUCUCCAUGAUAAUAAAUUUGAGGGUAGUAUACCUCCAAGUCUUGGAAACUGCCAAAAUUUGCUUGCAAUAAAUUUGUCAAGCAAUAAUCUCAGUGGCAUCAUACCUAUGCAGAUUUGGGGUCUCUCUUCCCUUGAAAAAUUUUUGUCCAUUUCUCAUAACUUUUUGACUGGUUCACUGCCAGUAGAAGUGGGUCAACUAGACCAACUUGAAAAGCUAGACCUCUCCCAGAAUAAAUUGUCUGGUGAAAUUCCCAAAAGCCUAGGCAGUUGUACUAGUUUAGAAAGCCUGCAUUUGGAACAUAACUCAUUUGGAGGAACAAUCCCUUUAUCUUUGGAAUCUCUAAGAGGUAUAGAAGAAAUAGAUCUUUCAUACAACAAUCUGUCUGGGCAGAUUCCUGAAUUUCUUGGCAAGAUUGUGUCACUCAGGCAUCUCAAUCUUUCUUACAACGAUUUUGAGGGUGAAGUGUCACGAGAAGGCAUAUUGGCAAAUGCAAGUGUCAUUUCCAUCCUUGGGAACAAUAAGCUUUGUGGUGGCAUCUCAGAGUUAUAUUUACCUCCAUGCUCUACCUCAAGUUCUGGAAAAUAUCUUACCCUGAUAAUAAUCUCUGUCACCAUCAGUGUAGUCACGUUAAUAUUUCUUCUAUUCUGUUCUUUUGUUACAUAUAAUUUAGUACAGAGUCAUUCCAUUCCAUCUUCCUCUAAGGAAUGGCGAUCAGGUAUGUCUUACUCAGACAUUCUAAAAGCAACUAAUGGCUUUUCUGAAGAAAACUUGAUUGGCUCUGGUAAUUUUGGUUCUGUAUAUAAAGGAAAUAUUGCCAAUGAUGGAACAAUUGUUGCGAUUAAGGUAUUAAACCUUCAACAGCGAGGAGCUUCUAAGAGUUUCAUUGAUGAAUGCAAUGCUUUGAGAAAUGUACGACAUCGAAACAUCCUAAGGAUUAUAACCGCUUGCUCUAGUCUUGAUCAUCAGGGAAAUGACUUCAAGUGUCUUGUAUUUGAUUUCAUGUCCAGUGGAAGCUUAUACCAGUGGCUGCAUCCUGGAGGUAAUGAUCAGUAUCAGAAUAAGAAGUUGAGCCUUAUCCAGAGACUGGAUAUAGCCAUAGAUGUAGCUUCUGCUUUGGAUUAUCUCCAUCACCAAUGUGAAACACCAAUUGUUCACUGCGAUCUAAAGCCAAGCAAUGUACUCCUAGAUGAAAAUAUGACAGCACAUGUUGGUGACUUUGGAUUGGCAAGGUUCUUAUUUGAUUCAUCAGAUAAUCCCUCCAGCAAUCAAACCAUAUCAAUCAAGCUGAAGGGUUCCAUUGGGUACAUUCCUCCUGAGUAUGGCAUAGGUAGUCAAGCUUCAAUAUAUGGAGAUAUUUACAACUAUGGGAUACUGUUACUGGAGAUGUUUACAGGUAAAAGUCCAACAGAUGACAUGUUCAAAGAUGAUCAGAGCCUUCACAAUUUCGUCGAAGUAGCCUUGGCCAAACAUGUCAUGGAUGUUGUUGACCUAUCUAUGCUUUCCGAAGAAGAGAACGCAGAAGAAGAGACAGAGUUGAUCAUGAUGAGGAAACCUCAUUCCCAUGUCAGUGCUGCAAGCAUGGUGGAAGAAUUCGUAGUUCCUGUCAUGAAAGUUGGACUCUCCUGUUCUGCAACAUCACCAACUGAGCGGGUGAUUAUGACUUUUGUCAUCAAUAAAUUGAAAGAUAUCAAAGACAGGUUCCUCAAAUUAAAAAGAAACAAUAAAAGAAGGAUGAGAAGGCAUUGACUAUACCAAAUAUGCAGCUCAGGCUGCCUUAAGAUUUAGCCUAUUAAAAAUGGAAAAAAAUGUAAAUAUCUUUUGAGAAUUUCAAAGGUUUCUUUGUAAAUAUAUAUAUAUAUAUAUUUGAAAUUUGAUGAUAUAUUGAAACCAGAGAGGAGUAAAGAACCUCACCUCUGGAAGAAAAAGGAAAAAUCCUGGUUAUCAUUCUCUGAUCUUUGUAAAUAUAUAAUGAUGAUUUGUUGAUUGAGAACUAGUCAGAUCAGUAAAAUAGUUUUAUUUGGAGUUCUUCAGGGUGUGUCAAGUAUUACUCCAUUGAAGUAAUUGAAAAGAAAGAGGCAAAGGGUGCAUGGUGAUGGUGAUUAUAAUUUAUAAGUUGAAUUACAAAUUUACAAGAAAUCAUGGGAGAGAGAGGGAGAGAGAGUGACUUAGC